ACUUCUGCUCGCGCUCCGGGGGGAGGGGGGAAGGGCGCGGGGGGGCUCAGCCGCUCGGUGCCGCCCCCGCCCCGCCCCGCCCCGGCGGUCGUCAGCGCUGUCCCCGCAGCCGCCAUGGUGGUCACGCUGGGCUACUGGGACGUCCGCGGGCUGGCCCACGCCAUCCGCCUGCUGCUGGAGCACACCGAGACCCCCUACGAGGAGCGGCAGUACAGCCUCGGGCCAGCCCCAAACUUUGACCCAAGCGACUGGACCAACGAGAAGGAGAAGCUGGGCCUCGAUUUCCCCAACCUGCCCUAUCUCAUCGAUGGCAGCACCAAGCUGACGCAGAGCAACGCCAUCCUGCGCUACAUCGCCCGCAAGCACAACAUGUGUGGGGAGACGGAGGAGGAGAAGCUGCGCGUGGACAUGCUGGAGAACCAGGUGAUGGAUCUGCGCUUGAGCUUCAUCCGGCUCUGCAACAACCCUGACUUUGUGAGUGCCAUGGGGGGGGGACAGGGGGACAGGACCCCCCCGGGGUCCCCAGCCCGGCUGGGGACACGGGGUCAUCACAAAACACACCGUGGCCUCUUCUUGCCACUGCAAAGGUGCGCUGGGGACGCGCCCCUUCCUGCCUGGUCCUGGCCACGGGGCUGGGACCCCUGGGUGCUGGGGGGGCUGGGGAGGGGGGGGCCCUGCACCAGCUCUGCCCCCCCCCGUGCACAGGAGAAGCUGAAGCCGGCAUACCUGGAGCAGCUGCCGGGGAAGCUGCGGGAGCUGUCGCGGUUCCUGGGCUCCCGGGCCUGGUUUGCUGGGGAGAAGCUCACCUUCGUUGACUUUGUGGCGUACGACGUGCUAGACCAGCAGCGCAUGUUUGUCCCCGAUUGCCCUGAGCUGCAGGGCAACCUGGGCCAGUUCCUGCAGCGCUUCGAGGCGCUGGAGAAGAUCGGGGCGUACAUGCGGUCGGGGCGCUUCAUGAAGACCCCCGUUUUCUGGCAGAGAGCGCAGUGGUGCAACAAGAAGGAGUGACCGCGAUGCGUGCCCCCGCACGUGUGCCCCCCCCAGCCCCCUCCCCUGCAGAAUAAAGCUGGGGGUCCGCACCCUC